AUGAAGCAGGGCGGGAAAGUGGAGCUUCCUCUGUGGCUUGGGGAGAUGCUGGCCGUUAGCCAAGGCCCCACGCCCCUCCUCACCCUCGACCUUCCCACUAGCCUCUCUCCCCGCGUCCUCAACGCUCUGAAAGCCGACCCGCGGACCGUCGAUCUCCGAGCCCUCGCAGCGCACUUCUACGCUCUCGGCGCGCGCAUGCUCGAACUUUUCGAAGAAGAGGAGGUUGGGGAUGUGUUGAGUGAGACGUUCAAACAACGCGCAGCCGUUCUCGCGGACCAGGCGCACAACCCCCGCGGCGCCAUGGGCGAGGGCGCUGAUUUUUUGCGCGGCCUCGAUGAGCAGGAGCGACGGCUAUUUCGCGCCGCCCACGAUAGCGCUAAGGCCGUCAGGACGUGGAUGGCUGAGAACAAGACGCGCAGAUGA